AUGUUUGUGAUUAACAAGUACUUAGGACAAGGUACAACACCGCUUAUUUCGUGGUCAAAAAUUGGAUUCAUCGUUUAUGUUCCACCAACGAGAACAGCACAGCAUAAUUUGCUUUUGACAUUCCUUGAGAAUGUCGAUGGGAAAACAUGGAGGUUGGCUAAACCUCAACCAAUUGACAUUAAAUGCGACAACAAGUAUCUACCCGAAAUAUCACUAGUCUCGUGGAGUACAUUGAGCACCGACUUAGCUGUAUCUGAUGUCUAUGGUAAUUUUUACAUACUCUUAGCGGGAGUGGGACUACUAGAAUCAAAAGAUCCAUCACCAAGUUACGAACUCACGUCUUACAAUCAUAUGGAAAUGAUUUAUAGGGACGUCAUUAAUCAGGAUAUGAGUUCUCCGGUCAAUCCCGAGGCUUCGAUAGUAGCAUUCAAAUGGUUGAAUAUUGAAAAACCACAAAUAUUGAAUAAACCGGCAGCAUUGGUUGCACCUCAGGACCACCAACUGGCUUCUUCUUCUUCUGCUGCUGCUGCUGCUGCUGGUUCAAGUGCAACUACAAAUAAUUCUACAUCUUCAUCUAUGUAUGCAUAUGGAGUGAAUCAGUAUGCACCGCACGGUCUUUCACACCCAAUUGCUACGAAACAAGCAUGUGUCGCAUUAAGAAGGAGCGGUGCAUUUAUGCUCUAUUACCAAGGUGAGCAUAAAGUAGAGUAUCAUAAAACAAUGGUAAAUCUAAAUGGCCUGCAGCCACUACAACUGCAACUGCAACUGCUGCCUCUGAUGUUACAUGCCCAUAUACCGAUGAUGAUUGACAAGGCCGCGAUAGGAUUCACAAAUGACAAGGAAAUCAUCAUAAGUGCGUGGGACUCAUUGACCAAUACAAUUUUCACAUACCUUGUUACUAUUGACUGGGGAUUCCUAACAGAAUCUGCAAAGAGACAGAAAACGGACCCACAUUUUCACACGCCAAAGGAAAGCCAGAAGCCACCUACAAUGCAUUUGAAAUUAAUUCAUCAAAUGACUCCCGAACAGGGACUUACAUCGAUUGAUAUUAUUUCAGCAAACCCCGAAAAAUCGUCUCAGGCUAGUAUAUUGUGGACUUACGGUACAACUGUUUAUCGAUACCAGAUCACAGACACGGCGAAUCUUAUACACGAAGCAUUUGUAGAACUAGGAAGGCGACAAGGUGUGACUGGUGAGCUUCGCUCUGUCAAAACCAUUGACUUGGUGGAUAAAAUAACUCGACUGGAUCCAAUACAAUCUAUCGCUUCGGGCCCAUCUGAUAUGUAUGCAGUGAUUUACUAUCGAAAUGGGAAAAUCGAGAUUCUUGAUGCUGUAGAGUGGGAACCUGUUGGUAGCAAAGAGUACCCACCAACCACAAUUUCAACGAUGUUUGAUUUAGGAUACGGAUUUCCUUCGGUUGGAAAAGAAGAACAAGACCAUACGACUAAAAACCAAAACCAAAAUCAAAACCAAAACCAAAACCAACUUAUGAUGGCUGUGUCGCCAAACUUGACGUCCAUUGUUUAUACAGAAAUAUAUGGUGCAGAUGAAAACUCGCAUUUGAUAUUGAAAACAGCAGAAAAAGUACGCAAUGUUGGUGUUUCGCCAAAAGAGUUGUUGAUCACUUCUGCCGGUUUUGCUUACCGUCAUGCAUAUGCAUGCUAUUCCAACACAUGUUCGGAUGAUUUGGUCUUGUUAAUUGAAGCAGAAAUAGAUCGUGUUAAGCAAACACUUUCUAAACAAAUGCCGGAUAAGCAAGAAAAUGUCAAUUUAAUUGUUAAAAAAUUUAUUGAAACUAUCAUCAGUGAAUCACAUCGGAGUAUAAAUUUUCAACUUGAUGCAUUUAGCAAAGAAUCUGUUGAUAAACUAUUGUCCAAUCCCCCUUUACAAAAGUUGCUUUCAUUGCAGCAUAUUCUUGGUGAAGCUCAAGGAAACACUGUUAUGUCAGAUAUUGCUUGGCUUAUCUUGAAUUUGCGAAGCACCAAUUUUGGCAUCAUGUUUACCCUCUCGAGUAUAUAUCGACAAAUCUCAAAGAAAAAGCCUAGUGAAGAUACAAUGCAGGAUUCUAUCACAAGGGGCGAAUGUAUAUUAUCAUUGAUUGGUAACAUUAAAUGGCUUAUCGAUCUUAUGGCCUAUUUCAAUCAGGAACUCAUGCAGCUCACUUAUUUCAAGAAUGAUUCUCGAAGCGAGCUUGACUUGUCAAACUCAAUAGUUUUACCUGUCAUUUUGAGUAAAGUACCGCGAUUAUUCCUCAUGUAUGCUAUAUCUUCGAUGGGCAAAACUCAUGAGAUUUUAAAGAAGUUGCACAAGGAUCUUGCUGAGAGCAAUAAACUAUUCAAGCCCAUGAAGGAAUCGCUUAAUCGAUAUUUCACAAUCUUUAAUAAUGCGCCAUUGACUUUAAACUUGUUUGAAAAUUACUUGCGUGAAUGUGAUGCCUUGGUCACAAAGGAGAUGGCGACUAAAGGCAGUCUCAAGAUUGAACAAAGCUUGGUAUUCGGAAUUAUUCCAUCCGAAGUUCAAGAUUUAGCAAAGACAUUGGUCGAGAGAUAUUCUAUUAGCAUUGCAAGAGAGUCAAAGGUUCCUGACUUGUUUUUUUACGAUACAGAAUGGUUGAAUUUGGGGAAUGAGAGCAAGAACAAGAACAUCAAUAACCAACUGGGUAAUAAUAUAGUUUACAAUAAUGGGGUGGAUGCAUUGAGAAAAGUGAAUAUAUUUGAUAAAGUUCGAAGGUGUACUCGCUGUCGAUCGGUGAGCUUGGUGACGGACCCUUUGGUGUUUGAGGCUCCAAGCACAAUUGGAUUGUGGACAAUGGUGUUCCAAAGGACUUGUAUUUGUGGAAAUGCAUGGGUUAAUGAAGUAUAG